CUGAUGUGUGUGUGCGUGUGUGAAUAUAAUAACCAAGACAACCACAGCAAACAAGAAAUAAACGCUUAAGCAUAAUCAUUUCGCAGCUUAGCACGCGUUAAGUACAUUUAAGCCAGCGCAAAAGGACAAAAGGAUAAGCAGAACGUUUGCUCAAGCUGCGGUCAGAUGGAAAAUCUAGCGUUAGCUGAGCCCAAUACACGAAAGGUAACAUCACAGUAAAUGCCGGACAUGCCAGGGUUAAGCCAAGUCUGAGAGGCGCCCACUGUCGCAGCGGGCUCGAGAGCUGCAGCAAUGAGCAACGACAACAACGACGAGAGCAACACAAACGCCAACACCAACACCAACAUCAACACUCAUGACAGCAACAACAACAGCCACAACAAUAACAGCAGCAGCGUUUGGUCAGCCGACAAUCUGGAUGCGAUCAAUCAAAGCGUCGAGCUGAAUUGCCUGCUGCAGCAGCAAAUCGAGACAUCGACCUAUGGCAAUGCGAGCGACCAUUGCCUCACUCAAUUCGACUCGAUACUCUGCUGGCCACGCACAGCACGGGGCACUUUGGCCGUGCUCCAGUGCAUGGACGAGUUGCAGGGCAUACACUAUGAUAGCAGCAAGAAUGCAACGCGUUUUUGCCACUUAAAUGGCAGCUGGGCGCAGUACACAAACUACGAUGCAUGCGCCCAUUUGCCGGCGGAGACGGAGACGGUGCCGGAGUUCGAGACAAUUGUGGAGCUGCCCACCAUCAUUUAUUAUAUUGGCUAUGCAUUAAGCCUGGUCUCGCUUACCCUGGCGCUCAUUGUAUUCGCCUACUACAAGGAGCUGCGUUGCCUACGCAACACCAUCCACGCCAAUUUGUUCUUCACGUACAUCAUGUCGGCUUUGUUCUGGAUACUCCUGCUGUCCGUGCAGAUCUCGGUGCGCAGCGGCCUGAGCAGCUGCAUCGCCCUGGUCACGCUUUUUCAUUUCUUUACGCUGACCAAUUUCUUUUGGAUGCUGGUCGAGGGUCUCUAUCUGUACAUGCUGGUGGUCAAGACCUUUUCCGGCGAUAAUAUACGCUUCAAUAUUUACGCGUCCAUUGGCUGGGGCGGUCCAGCGUUGUUCGUGGUCACCUGGGCGGUGGCUAAGGGUCUGACAGUGAACUACAACAAUAUGGAGAAGUAUGACAUCAACUGUCCCUGGAUGGAGGAGACGAAUGUUGACUGGAUAUUUCAGGGUCCCGUCUGUGCGGUGCUCAUCAUCAAUUUAACAUUUCUGUUGCGAAUCAUGUUUGUGCUCAUUACAAAGCUACGCUCGGCGAAUACCGUUGAGACGCGUCAGUAUCGCAAGGCGGCCAAGGCACUGCUGGUGCUUAUACCGCUAUUUGGCAUCACCUACCUGGUGGUGCUGGCAGGACCCUCCGAGUCGGGCCUAAUGGGUCACAUGUUUGCCGUGCUGCGCGCCGUGCUGCUCAGCACCCAGGGCUUUUGGGUGUCGCUCUUCUACUGCUUCCUCAACUCGGAGGUGCGCAAUGCGCUGCGACAUCAUGUUUCCACCUGGCGCGAUACGCGCAACAUUCAACGCAACCAGAACCGAAGGUAUACAACAAAAAGUUUCUCCAAGAGCGGCGGCGGCGGCUCGCCGCGCGCUGAGAGCAUGCGCCCAUUGACCUCGUACUAUGGCCGUGGCAAGCGUGAAUCGUGCGUAUCGUCGGCGACAACCACCACGCUGGUGGGUCAGCAUGCACCGCUGACGCUGCACCGGGGCUCGAACAAUGCAUUGCAUAUGCUGCCCACGAAUAAUGCAGCAACGGGCAGUACGCUCAGCGUCAUGCCGCGUGCAAUCAGUCCCCUAAUGAAGCAGGGACUCGAGGAGAAUUCCGUGUAGAAGGACGAAUGACUCAGGCGAAGACACACACAGACACUCGCAUACAGCUUAAAUGAUGUCUCCUAGGAUAUUGAUGUUGUUGUUGGCAUUGAUGAAACUGUAAAUUAUACAACUAAGUAGUCAAGAUUUUAGCAAAUGGCAAGCAAGUUGCAAGCAUCUUAAGAGACUGAAACGAAAUUAUUCAUUUUCAAUUUUUAUCCACAAACGACUCACACACUGUGGCUGAGGAGCUGAAGAUUAUAAGUUAACAAAUUUCAUUUUCACUUAUGCAUAGCUAAAUGUAGUUUUUAAUCUAACUGUUGGAUGUUGUAAGUGUUAUCUCCCCCCAUACGAUCGGAAACUAUGCGAACGCUACCUUCACUAAUCUAUAUAUAUAUGUAUAAGUCCAAACAAAGUGUUAAAAGAAAACAAACUAAUAAAUCAACUAUUUACUUGAGUGUAUACGAACGGCAACAACAACACAUU